UCUUUCUUUAAGGAAAACGGGGCAUUGUCAGUAAAAUCGCCAUGUGCGUACUCCUUGACCUUUACCAAAUCUCAUAGACCCAGCAACGUUCACACACUCUUCUUCACCUUCAAGCUGUUCGCCCGUCUGAUCACCCGCCAUGGCCGCCGGCACGAGCAUCCACGUGACGGCGCUCGACGGCCUGGUGAACGUGAACUCCCUCUUCACGCUCGCCGUCUUCGUCGGGCUCGCCUGGAACCCCUGGGACCCGAACAACACCCUCAACAAGGACCCCCGGUGUGCCCCUGGCCCCACCGUGAAGCGCGACCUCAUCGCCUUCCACGUCUACUCCUUCGGCUCCUUCCUCUUCUCCAGCUUGGUCGCUCUCGCCCUCAAGCAGGCUAUCCGGAUCACGCGGUCUCCGACCUACCACCCUGUGGAAAUGCUCGAUCGAAUCAAUCAGAAUGCUCUGCGGGUCGGGAUGUUGGCGUCCGGAGUCGGGUCGGUCUGCGGAUGUGUGUUUCUGAUGCUGGCUCUGAUCAAUGUAGUUCAGAUCAAGCUCGGGACUCUGGCUUGUGGGAGCACGCACAGCUUCGCGGCGGUGGUGCCUCUCCUGAUCUUCGUGCCCUUGGGGCUUUUCGUAUAUGUAUGCACUGUCUUGUAUGCUUUUACUCGAUAGGGUUUGGAUAGUUCGUCAUGUUCGAUGGAUUUGGAUUGCAGAGAGUAGGUGGCCUUUUGGGGGAAUGGGUGCUUCUUCUGUAUGUUGUGAGAAUGAGGUCGAGUGAUAUGUCUUGAUACUGAGCUGAUGGUGUUCUAUUUUGACAAUUAGUUGAAUAUCUGUAGAUGCAAUUACUGAAAUGUGCGGAAAUCGACUGCCCGUUAUGCUUCUAUU